AUGGAUGUUGAUUUUCGGUCUUCUGUGGAUAUUGUCAAGUCGUGCACCAUUUCCCGAGACCUUUCCAGAGGGAAAGAAAUUCACGCACAGGUAAGUGCUGGGAGGCACUGUAGGAACCGAUAUCUCAAUAACUUGCUGGUGGAAAUGUAUGGGAAAUGUGGAGAAACUGAGCAAGCCCGUCGUGUCUUCGACAUGAUAAGAAAUCCGAACUUAUUCUCGUGGAACAACGUCUUGAUUGCAUAUGCCCAGAACGGGAAGCUUCGAGAGGCUCAAAACAUGCUGGAAAAAAUGCCGCAGAGAGAUUCUGUGUCCUGGACCGUCGUGUUAUCAGCAUAUGCCGUUUCAGGGCAUUUUGAAAAGGCCGAGCUGCUGUUCAAUGAAAUGCCGGAGAAGGACGACUUUGCGUGGAAUACUAUGGUUUCAGCUUACGCUGGAGGCGGGUUUUUGGAAGAGGCUGAAUCUGUGCUUAAGGCAAUGCCAUACAAAGGCCCUGUUGCCUGUACGACUAUGAUUGGAGCAUAUGCCCAAGCUGGGCAUAUCGAAAAAGCCACCGAGAUUUUCGACACGAUGCCUCAUAGGGACGUGAUCUCGUGGAAUGCAAUGCUGGUGGCUCACGCGGAGAAUGGCGAUCUCUUAAAAUCAGAGCAACUGUUCGAUCAGAUGCCCGAGAGGAGUCUUUCUUCAUGGAAUGCGAUGUUGGCUGCGUGUGCUCAGCAUGAAGAUUUGGACAAGGCUAGAGAUUUGUUCGAGAGAAUGCCGCAGAGGAACAUCCUCUCGUGGAACACAAUGAUACAGGCUUGCAUCGAAGCUGGGAAUUUCGAGAGAGCGUCCGCCUUGUUCCGUAUGAUGCCCGUACAAGAUACGGUAUCGUGGACGACGAUGAUAACGGGAUAUUCCCGCGAGGGACGUGUUGACUUGGCGAGGAGAUUAUUCGAUGCGAUGCCCGAGAGGGACAUCGCCACGUGGAAUGCGAUGGUUGGAAGCUACACCGCGAGCGGACAGCUGGCGGAGGCACAGAGGCUGUUUGACAGAAUGCACGUGCAUGACGUGAUUACGUGGACUGCCUUGCUGGCAGGGUAUGCCCAGGCCAGGCAAAUAGAAACAGCGGAGAGUAUCUUUGACAAAUUGCCAGGUAAAAAUAUCGUAUCGGCAAAUGUGAUGUUGAUGGGAUACGCUGAGAGUGGCAAAAUAUUAAAAGUAAAGGCACUAUUUGAUAGGUUACCGCGGCAUGACACAAUGACAUGGAAUAUCACCAUUUUUGCAUAUGCCCAAACUGGGCAUCUGGAAAAUGCCAGAGUUUUGUUUGAUAAGAUGCCAUGGGCGAAUUUCACGUCUUGGAGGUGCAUGAUAUUAGGCUACGCACAUUAUGGAAACAUUACAGAAGCUAAGAAAAUCUAUGAUAGCAUACGAAGGGAGAACAUAGCUUUGUGCAUAGAUAUGAUCGUAGGUUAUGCCCAAAAUGGGUAUCUUGUAGAGGCCAAAGAUUUAUACGAUGAGCUUGAGUUUGAUAGCAUCGUGGCAUCUACGGCCAUGCUAACUGCAUAUGCCCAGCACGGGCAUAUCACCGAAGCGCAAAAUGUGUUUAAAUCUCUGCCGUUCAAGAGCCUGAUGUCGUGGACGGCUAUGAUCGCAGCAUAUACCCAAAAGGGGCAUUUGCAUACCGCAAUGGAAAUGUUCGUGAGAGUGCCCAACCGGGACGUGACGCUGUGGAGCGCGAUCGUGGCCGCACACUCCCACCACGGGCACGGGAAACAAGCGGUGGAGAUCUUCCGGAGGAUGAUCGUGGAUGGUUUUCUCCCAAACGAGACCACUUUCGUGUCGAUCCUCGCUGCUUGCAGUAGAGCCGGACUGGUGGACGAAUCGAUCGAGUUCUUCGUGACCAUGAUGGCCGAGUGUGAGAUUCCACCAAGCUCCAAACACUACGAGUGCUUGGUGGAUCUACUCGGACGCUCCGGCCAGCUCAAGGAAGCAGAAGAGUUAUCGCAGAGAUUCUCGAAAGGAAACUUACCGGGGAGGAAGUCGACACUGCUCGGUGCUUGUUCGCUCCACGGUGACGCCGGGAGAGGGUCGCGGAGUGCUCGAGAGAUGGAUCCCUGGGACUCGGCAGCUUAUGUCUUGUUGUCAAACUCUUGCGUUGGAGGAUCGAGAGGAGUGUAA